GGGCUCGCCCGUCGCCUGCCGGCUCGUCCUUCCGCCGGCUGCCCCCCCCGCCGCCCAUCGUCGAAAGGUCGCUGCCCACCCAGCGAAGGAGCGUGUGUAGGAAGGGGCUCCAUGAAUGGAAAUCGGAACCCCAGGAGCUGUUGGGGCUCAGCCCCUCUUCACGGUGCCAAGGCGUCCAGGAUGUGGCACCAUGGGAAAACCGAUUAAACUGCUGGCCAACUGCUUCCAAGUAGAUAUCCCAAAGAUUGACGUCUACCUCUAUGAGGUAGACAUUAAACCAGAUAAAUGUCCUCGCAGGGUUAACAGGGAAGUGGUUGACUCUAUGGUUCAGCAUUUUAAAGUUCAGAUUUUUGGAGAAAGAAGACCUGUCUAUGAUGGGAAAAGGAGUCUCUAUACUGCUGAUCCCAUUCCAGUCAGCAGUACUGGGGUGGAUUUGGAGGUGACAUUACCAGGAGAAGGGAAGGACCGAAUUUUCAGGGUAUCAAUAAAAUUUGUUUCAAGAGUGAGCUGGCACUUGCUGCAUGAAGUUUUGACUGGUCGUAGCAUGCCAGAGUUGCUGCCCGGGUUGGAUCUAGACAAGCCACUCAGCACAAAUCCUGUCCACGCUGUUGAUGUUGUCCUUCGACAUCUUCCCUCCAUGAAGUACACCCCUGUUGGCCGUUCUUUCUUCUCUGCCCCUGAAGGGUAUGACCAUCCAUUGGGUGGGGGUAGAGAAGUCUGGUUUGGUUUCCAUCAGUCUGUCAGACCUGCCAUGUGGAAAAUGAUGCUAAACAUAGAUGUUUCUGCCACUGCUUUCUAUAAAGCACAGCCUGUAAUUCAGUUCAUGUGUGAAGUUUUAGACAUACAUAAUAUUGAUGAACAACCACGACCUUUGACUGAUUCCCAUCGUGUCAAAUUCACCAAAGAAAUAAAAGGAUUGAAAGUUGAAGUAACUCACUGUGGGCCAAUGAGGAGAAAGUACCGUGUGUGCAACGUUACCAGACGACCAGCCAGUCAUCAGACGUUUCCCUUACAGUUGGAAAGUGGACAGACCGUAGAGUGCACGGUGGCUCAGUAUUUCAAACAGAAGUACAACCUGCAGCUAAAAUACCCACACCUACCCUGUCUACAGGUGGGACAGGAGCAGAAGCACACCUAUCUGCCACUUGAGGUCUGUAACAUCGUUGCGGGGCAGCGCUGUAUCAAGAAACUGACAGACAAUCAAACAUCAACAAUGAUCAAAGCAACGGCACGCUCAGCACCUGAUAGACAAGAGGAGAUAAGUAAACUGGUAAAAAGUGCAAACUAUGAGGCGGACCCUUUUGUCCAGGAGUUUCAGUUUAAAGUGCGAGAUGAAAUGGCUCAUGUGACGGGACGGGUGCUUCCAGCUCCCAUGCUGCAGUAUGGAGGGAGAGUGGAACCAAGUCAUUUCAGAUUGCAAACUAACCGAACAGUUGCUACUCCAAGUCAUGGUGUUUGGGACAUGCGGGGCAAGCAAUUCCACACUGGGGUUGAAAUCAAAAUGUGGGCGAUAGCUUGUUUUGCAGCACAGAGACAAUGUAGAGAAGAAGUACUUAAGAGUUUUACUGACCAGCUGCGGAAGAUAUCUAAAGAUGCAGGAAUGCCAAUUCAGGGCCAGCCGUGUUUUUGUAAAUAUGCACAAGGAGCUGAUAGUGUGGAGCCAAUGUUCAGGCAUCUGAAGAACACCUAUUCAGGACUCCAGCUUGUUAUUGUCAUUUUACCUGGGAAAACUCCUGUCUAUGCGGAAGUGAAGCGUGUGGGUGAUACACUCCUCGGGAUGGCCACUCAGUGUGUUCAGGUGAAGAAUGUUGUUAAAACAUCUCCACAGACAUUAUCAAACCUCUGUCUGAAGAUCAAUGUGAAACUAGGUGGAAUCAACAACAUCUUGGUACCACAUCAACGACCAUCCGUGUUCCAGCAGCCUGUUAUUUUCCUGGGAGCCGAUGUCACACACCCACCUGCUGGAGAUGGCAAGAAGCCCUCAAUUGCUGCUGUUGUAGGCAGUAUGGAUGCCCAUCCUAGUCGCUACUGUGCUACCGUGCGUGUUCAGAGGCCUCGGCAGGAGAUCAUUCAAGAUUUGGCGUCGAUGGUUCGAGAACUCCUCAUCCAGUUUUACAAAUCAACACGUUUUAAGCCCACGCGAAUUAUAUUUUAUCGCGAUGGAGUUUCUGAAGGGCAGUUUCGUCAGGUAUUGUAUUGCGAGCUUUUGGCAAUUCGAGAAGCGUGCAUUAGCCUGGAGAAGGACUAUCAGCCUGGUAUUACGUAUAUCGUAGUGCAGAAGCGGCAUCACACACGAUUAUUCUGUGCCGAUAAAAACGAAAGGGUUGGGAGAAGUGGAAAUAUUCCAGCCGGAACUACUGUAGAUACAGAUAUCACACACCCAUACGAGUUUGAUUUUUAUCUCUGCAGCCACGCUGGGAUACAGGGUACAAGUCGCCCCUCUCACUAUCAUGUUCUGUGGGAUGAUAACUGCUUCUCUGCGGAUGAGCUUCAGCUCCUCACCUAUCAGCUAUGUCAUACCUACGUGCGCUGCACGCGUUCUGUAUCUAUCCCAGCACCAGCCUAUUAUGCACAUUUGGUGGCAUUUAGAGCAAGGUACCAUUUGGUGGACAAAGAACAUGACAGUGCCGAAGGCAGUCACAUUUCUGGUCAGAGUAAUGGACGUGAUCCUCAGGCUCUUGCCAAGGCUGUGCAGAUUCACCAGGACACCUUGCGCACUAUGUACUUCGCUUAAGUUUGGGAAAUUCCCUCCAGAAGAAACCGAAGAUCGCAGCCUGCAAUUCCAGUGGGGUCAGUUUACGGGCAUGUCUCCAGCCAUACUGUAACUUUCACUGUGCGGGGACAAUAGUUUCAUAAACUGAUGAAAAGAGAUUGUUUACCUACGAAGAUCAUAGCACUAUUAUGCAAUAUGAAACCAGCCAACUGCUCUGUGUGUGUGCGUAUGUGCGCGUGUGUGAGUGUGUGACGUGCGCAUGUGUGGCGUGCGCACGUGUGUGUGCUGCGUCAGACCUUGUGUCUGUGUCUUUCCUUAUUUUCCAAAAUAGUUUCCUUUUGCCUUUACCUCAGUGUUUGGCAGCACAAAACUCCUCUUCAUCAAGCAACAUGAAAAUAGGUCAAAGAAAAAAUGUUUGACCAAUCUUGGAUCUCAAAGCAAGUCACUAAUUAGUUCAGAAAUCCAGUCAUUUGCUUGGAGUCUUCAAUUUGGGAGGGUGGGAGGUUGGAAAGAGAGGUGAAGACGUACUUGAAAAUAUAUUGUAGGGAAUAACUACCAAUGUUGUAUAAGAUCCAAGAGGCCCAUCUCCACCAUUCCACUGUUCAAAUUCUGCUUACCAGUUAAAUUGUCAAUUAAAUCAACUGACUGUUGAACCUAGCUUAUUAGUUGUGGUAAGCUCCACAAGCAGAGCAGUGGAACUUUGUGUAUGUGAUAGAAGAUAAUUUCCAGUGCUUGGAUAAUCCUAAUUAUUGAUGGUGUGAGAAGAUCUUUGAAAAUUCCAAGAAUUGGAGGCUGUUUAAUGUAGAAAUUUCUGCUUUUUUUUUGUUACUGUUUACUUGCUAGCUCACAACUAAAUGUGAUGUUUUUGUUUUAGCAUCCUAUAUUUAUUAGAAAGAAUGCUUAAUUUAAUAUGGAUUUACAUUAAAAUAUAGUAGCAUCAAUUCUAUUUAGUUCUGGAAUGUAACCGUGUUGUAUACUGACAGAACAUUGCUACCGUUAGUGCAAUAAGCGGUUGGUAAGAAAGCCCGUGUCCUACACUGUUCUGGGGCAGCAGUUGUACCACUAUAAUCGUGGGAGAGUGGACACCUCCGCACUUCAGAACCUUAUCAGUUUUAAUAAGAAAAAGUUGAAUGCAAAAAAAAAUAGUAGGGCUGGGAUGUUUUAAUAUUACUUUAUUGGGACAUGGAUUUAUUUAAUUUACACAUCUAAUCACUGAAAUGUGAAUUUUUUCAAAUAUUUCUGUUUUAUUUCAGUCAUUCCAUUUUAAGAUAUACCAGUUUUUUAUUUGGAUUUUUUUUCAUAAAACAGUUUGUGUCAUUGAUAGAAAUCUCAUGACGUUGUUUGCACUUUGUAAAACCUCAUGAACUGCAUAUUUUAUCUAACGGUUGUCAUUGCACUGGCUCAAACUGCAAUAUACAAAAUGCUGCAGCCUUCUUAAUGGAUGGGCAUUGCCUCUGUCCCAGCCCUACAAAAUCGCUUCUCCUCCACAUGAAAAUAUCUAUUUUUAGGGGAAAAAAAUGAAUACAGCUUUAUGGAAGCAAAAAAGACACUGCAGAAUUUUCCUUCCCUUUCACAAAAGCUGGGUCCUUGUCCUUGUGAUCAUAAAGCAAAUUUUUGUUUUCCUAGUUUAUUCCACUUCAUCUCCUAAAUACGGAAAGGGCUAAUACUCUACAUAUGAUAUUGUAGUUUUUAAAUGAUACUCCUGCUUUACAAUGACAUGGAGGAGUCCAGAUCGAUUCUUCAGGCAUGUUCACAGUAUUGAAAGUUUAAAAAGUUUACCAACUUUAUAACAAUUUCUAUCCAUCCACGAUGUGGGACAGCAAUCUAAUUAAAUUAAUCUGAGUUAAUUUAAAAGGCUUCAGAUGGAUUUGUUAAUUUAUAAAGGCAAAUAACAAUAUCACUUUAAAGAAUCAUUUUUUAUUCUGGGCAUUAAAUUGAAUAUGCAUUUACUUAGGUGUUCUUUGUGUGAAAGAGUUGCACAUAACUUGUUCAUUUUGUGCCUUUUAGAAACAUGUAUAUUUAUGCAUGUAUUGUCCAGUUGUAGUUAAUCAUAAUUUUCCAUCGUGUUUCGUGUGUUCAGAAUCACACUUGUAAAAUAGAGUUGCACUGAAUAUCAGUCACUUGCUGAUUGGUGCAUCUGAAUAAGAAACACAUCCUUGCUAUGAUCCUAUUUUGCUCAGUUGAUCUUAAGAAAAGAGUGCAUAUUUCACCAUUCCUGCAAAUUUAGUGUGUGGUCGUUUGUUAUAGAUUGAAAAUUUUCUGUUGUUCUUAGUUUAUAAUACCAAAAGAAAAUACUGUUUCCAAUAAAAUAAAAGGUGCUCUGCUUCAGAGAAAAUAAUGAGAUUUAAAUAGGUUAAUUUUAAUAGUUUUUAAAUGCUGCUAGUUGAAAGGGAUCUGUUUCUUUAAAUUGUCUGUGUUGUACAGAUCGGUUGCAGCUCUAGUUGUACAUGAUUGUUAGAAAUCUUAAAAAUAUCAAAGUACCUCUAACAGUUUUAUUGUUAGUUUUAUAAUCAGAUGCUUUUGAUUUUUGACAGGGAACUCCACAAAUGACUGUUUAGUUUAUGUUCCUCAAGGAAUUUUGGUUUGAGAAUUAGUAAGCUAAAAUUACUACAGCACUAUAAAAAUAGUUUAAAGCAUCAAAAAAAAUUUAGUCAGUAGCGCCACCCUACUCAGGGGAUCUCAUUUUAAAAAUUCAGUAUCCUUUGGGCUGUUUUUCAGGACCUUUUCUUUGGAGUUCUUUGACUGAUGUCACUAAUAUUUUUACAAAUUAUUAAUAAGCCUAUCUUUAUGAAACAGGGAUUUAGGGGACUUUUUCUGGUUAUUAUUUUACUCUGCUGUAAUGGCCAUUGUUUUGACAGGUCUCCAAAUGUAAUUUUACUGAAUUCCGACUAAAUUAAAUCUUUCAAUGCAUUCUCCAUCAAAAAAAUAAUUUGAUGGACAAAAUUGGCAUGUGCUGGAACAUGGGGAAAAUAAAAUGUUAAAGCAAAUGCAGAUUAGUAAUGUAGACUAGAAUAGAUCUUUCACACAGAGAUCAAUCACUUCUUGGAUAAUCAAUAAAUAAUUAUCCACAAAGGAAGCAAAGUUAAAAUAAAAUAAGACAUUGUAAAAUUGUGUCUACUUAUUCUAACAGAUUGAAUGCUUUUUAAAUCACUUAGGACAGAGAGCAAACACAAAAACCUGAAAUUCCUAUUCUAUGAUCUAGAGGUUCCAUUGGAAAUAGAUCUGUAUCACAGAUCACUUACGAAGUUCAGGUAGGUUACCUGUGAUGCUGUCAGAUCACAUGUAAUGAUUUGUGAUCAAAGAAGUUCUCAAAUGAUGAAGUAUCAUAAUUUAUCCUUGGUUCUUAUAACAAAACUGGUGAUUACAACCCUUCCCCUACCUCCUAUCUGCUAUUCAAGUUGAUAACAGUCAAAAUUAUAAAUAAAUAUAGUUUGUGGUCAAGCCUUUAUCAUCAGAUCACAGGGAACUUCGGAUUCCUCUAACAGAUGAUCAAAACUACCCUCAAGCUGUCAGAGACGACGAGCGAAUAGACCAAAUUUGCAGAUAGAUAUUCUAAUGCCUCCUUUUGCCCACUGCUAUGGAUUUAAAGACGCUAGAUUUUAAUUCCAGGUAAUUUAAUUUAUUGCCCUUUAGAAUCACUCCCAAUUUACACAAAAAUUCUGCAAUUUAAUAACUAAUGUUUAAUAAAUAAGGUUAAUCUUAUAGAUGUAGGACACUUUUCAAAUUAACUUGCCAGCUUCUGGUGAAUAUUUGAGAGGGAGGAGAGUUCUGCAGUCAUGCCAAACCAAGACCAGUAUGAUACUUGGUGCCUUUGUUAUGUUCCAAUUAUUCUCAAUGGUUAACCUAAUUUAAUUGAGCCAAUGCCAAGCCUGGAUUACAAUUCAAAACACCACUGUUUACCUUGGACAAUGUACAGUAAUAAUGUACAUGUAAUGCUGCUCUUGCAAAUUUACAACAUAGCAUUUAAACUGAAUGCUUCCUUGUACUGCAUAUUUAUUGGUCAGGUAUUUCUGAAAUAUUAAUCUGUAAAAUAGAGAUUUUCUGUGAGGAGGGGCGAAUGUCCCUGUACCACACCCAUCAGCUCAGUUUGUAAAUGCCUGCAUAAAGUGCCGACUGCAUUUGCAGACGUACUUCAUAAUGUACCAGCGUUGGGAGGGCAGUGAGACCGAUAGCUGCUAUUUGUUAAUCAGUGUCAGACAAUAACUGCACUAGGAAUUGAAGUUAUGCUCAUGAUUCCUAUUUAUUAGAGUGAAGGGAAGAACGUAGUAAUUGACCAGUAUAAAAAUUGGAUCAGGCCAGCUCUUUCCAAACCCUUUUUGUUACUCUCUGAACCCUAACUACUGAUUAUGUUUUCAUACUGAUGUACAGCAACUUGUAUUGGAUGAUGUGAUAAAAAGGUAGCAUUGUUUCAAAUGUAAAUCUGGGAGGUUGCUUAUAUCAAUACCACCACAUUAGAAUCAUGUCAGUCUUGUUGGUUCUGGCUAGUUAGUAAUACAUGCUGCAUCUAGGUACCUCUCACUAGGAAUAAUUGUAAUGAUAUGGGGGCUUUUGCUAGCACCGUAUUUUAUUGUUUUAAUGUACUGGAAUGAUCUUGGUACAGGUCUGGUACCACCUAGAUGCAAUAUCUGUAGUAAAUGCUGGAACUGAUAAUACUGAACACCCGUGCUGCAUGGGUCCAGUACUUGUGCCAUUAAUGUUUUGGUACAAGUGCCAACUCUGGUACAAAUUUGAUAUUUUGUGCUGGUCAUUUGCUAAAGGAAAGAGGUGGUGUCAGCAAUUGCGCUGAUCCAUUUUAAUUAAUAUUUUGAAGGACAGUCCUUAGAAAGUGCCUUUACAGAAGCUGGUGCUGUAGAAUCUUUUUAUUUUGUUCAUUAUGUGGCUGAAAGUUUUAUAUAAUGCCAAGAAUAUUGACAGUAUCCUGUAGCUAAUGUGUUUAAUGGCAGUUUCUUCUCAGUCAGGACCAAGAUGGGGACUAUAAUUUGAAAAGCUUUGAAGAACACUCUCAAUACACAACCUGAUCAGAAAAAGACACAGAAUAGGAGCUAUGAUUGUUGUAAAUUGACACACUGUUUCAAAAGUCUGCCUCCAAGGUUGAGAAUAUUUCCUGUUUUUAAAGAUUUGAAUGAAAAUGUUGAUUUAUACUGUAUUUCCCUCUGACUCCCUUCCCCAAACUUCAGGUCUGAAGGAUGGAUCAGUGAUAAAGGCCUAAUCAAUGUUAUGAAGUGUAAUUUGUUUGCAGAAUGCAAUAGGUUAUUUUUGUAAUUCAUCUGUCGCUUUAGAAAAAGAUUUGUUUUCUAGAUGGCUAACUACAUUCUGUGCGGCUCCUGGUAUUAGGCCUCUAUCAUAUUUCCAAGUAAGAGAUUGUGUUAAUUUGAAUGAUUAGAUGGAACUCCUGGAAGACACAAUUACAGUUCGUGAAAUAGUAAACAUGUACUAACAUGUAAAUGUAGACACAUGAUUCCCGUGGUUCCCCUGACAUUUUAUGAUUGUUAUAUUUGUGGAGGUGGAUUGAUAGAAUCUUUUAUUUUAAAGCAAAGGAGCCAUUUAUAAUUUUGUAUAAUAACUCGAAAGAACCCUUUUAGUACAUUGUUAAUUGUGCUCACUAGUGGAGCCAGAUAUUCAGGAAAGGAAUACUCAUUGGCUGAAGUUUACCUGUUAUUUUGGCACACUGUUUGAUUGUAACUCAAAGGAACAGACCUUCAUGAGCCAGUGAAUUAGAAAAUUAAUCUGUUUGGGCAUAGUACAUUCAGAACAAGAAUGUUUUGGAAUUUACUAUUCAUUAACAAGCUGACAGUAUCUGUUUCUGAAUCUGAUAUACUAGGAUCACUUGAUACUGUAUUAGAUGCAAUUAUCUAAUGAUGUUUUAUUGAAUCAAUAUCUUAAUUCCUCCAAAAGCACACUGAGCAGCUGAGCCAUUCAGAACAGUAAAAUCCUUUUGAUUAUCUGUUUGUCAGGUGAUUUCAGCUGAGUCAUAAGACUUCUACAAUUGGCUUCUAUGUAGGUCAGUAGAAAAGGAGAAAAUUGGGUAGGGGGUUUCCUGCUUUUGGCUUUCAAUCACUUUCUUGCUCUACGACAUCGCGUGAAUAAAGGCCAUGUGAGCAAGAUGCAAAUAGAUCAAUACUCUUACAAAGAAAGGGUAAAAGAUGGUGUUCAUUUGCAGUACAUAUUUAAAUAGUUUAUUACAGUUUGUUCUAAUUGGAUUGUUUGUUAAUCAUUCCUUGUAAAAGAAACUGGUAGUUUUUUUUAUUCCAAGGAAACUGAAGUAAUAAGUUGUUAACUUCCCUUCUCCCUUCAAAUAGUUAACAUAAUGUGAUGUGACUUAUCAAAUUAAAGUUGAAAACAUAAUAUUAUAAACCAAUUUCUUGCUCUGUCUGGCUGCCUUUAUCCCACAAUGUUUUGGUGUGUAGUUGAAUUUACAGCUGAAAUAUUUUCAAAUAUAUUUUCUAUUAGCAGAUAUGGGUCAGUAGUAGAUUUCCAAUGAUUGAUACUUUCACUGAAUUAAUCCUUUUUUUAAAAAAAAAUAAGGUUAGAAGUGUAGUAAUCAACAAAAGCAAUGAAUCGAGAGUACCAAGUUACAGUACACUACAUGAAAGGAAAAAUUCAUGAAGGGAAAUACUUGUCCCCUCAUGUCUGUGCCAUCUCUUUUAGGAAAAAACAAGCUAGUUUCAACCUAAGCUCCUGAACUUCGAUUACCCAUUUGCUUCCACUACUUUUUUUUAUUCCACUGUAUGUGUAAGGGAAGAGGGCAGUCAUUUAAUUUUUUAUCCUUUUGCAACUUAUUGUAAAUCUAUAACCUCUGUCAUCAAAUGAUUUGAUAGGAGAAACCAUCUCUCCAUUUGCUUCAUUAAAAAUCCUUAAUUUUGAAUACUCCACUAAAUCUAUCCUUAAACUUGCCUUCCUGUUAAGAGUAACUGCUUUUUUUCUGAAUUCAUCACAGUGUAGACAUCCUAUCCCUGGUAGCACUCUGGCAGCCAUGGUCUGGAUAACCUCCAAUGCCUUGACAUCAUUCCUAAACUGUUCAAUUUUGGACAGAGAUAUUAAUUAAUUAAUGUAACAUUCCCCAGCAGAAUUGUAAGUAGCUUGUGUUUGGACAGCUUCCUAGCUAAGCAUUAGUGGAAGUAGUGAUGUUGAGUUGGUGGAAAUGUAAGUUAUGGAGAUGGGAAAAUGAAAUGUAGAAAUGUAAAUUAAAAUAGAGCCAGCUAUAAGAAUUGUAUGUUGAUUGUAUUAAAUUGAGGGAAAUGGUUUUAACUGAGAUUUAACAGAGGGAUUUUUUUGAUUUUUAAAAAAAAAUUACCCAGUAGUUGGGAGUGUUGAGUUCUAGUGCUAAAUGAAACUUUCCACCAGCUUUACUUGCAUUUAAUUUGUGUUAUAGAAGUGUGAUAUCAUGAACAGGAGGGGGAGGAAGAAGUAAUGAUCUGUUUCACAACUCAAAGAAGUGUGCCUCCUGUGAGCCCAGCACUAAGCAGCAUUUGUGUCAGACUCAAGGAGAAUUCUUGCAGUUUCCUUCCUAACUGAGAAGGCUGUUUGAAAGAUAAAAACAAGUAGAUUUGCUGGUUGUGUAUGGUGAGCGUUCUGUUAUAAGGAAUUAAAAACACUGCACCUCAGUAACCUUCAUAUGCUGCAAAAAGAAAGUACUGCUUUGGUUACAUUAUAUCUGCUGCACAUGCUUGACAAUACACUUUAAAAUGUUCAAGAAUUGUCUUAAUAGCAGUUAUCAAAAUUGGGUUUAUAAUGGAAAAGAUGAGUCUUUAUUUUGUCGUUAUUUCUAAGAAUUAACUUAUUACUCAUGGUUAGCAUACUGCAAGGUAACAUGCAUUAGUGUUGCAACUAUGUUUAGAGAGAAAUUCUUUGCUAUUGCUUGAUGCCUUUCUUCAGAUGAGUGAGGAUUUGAGGUGUGUUAUCUGUAUUUUUGGAUGUUGUAUUUUUAUUAGUGUGUUGUUGAGGUCGCCGACAUUGAAUCAUUGGCCUUCAGUAAAGGGUUGUAAGGUCUACCUGAACAGAUCUUGUGAAAGAUAAAAUCUUAAGAUUAUUAAAAAAAUCUUUAGUUCUUUAGAGCUUCAAUAUUUAACUACAAAUACCUUUGAAUUCUAAUAAGUAUGAUUGCGUCAUAAGCAUGUCUUUAGUAUUUUCCAGCCACCAAAUCAUAUUUCUAACUGAAAUACAACAGUGAUACAAUCUAUACAAGCAGUCCUAGAACCCAUUGCAAAUCAUAAAAUGAAGUCAUCUUAUGCUGUUUGUUCCCUUUUAUUUAUACUUUUCUGGUCAAAUGGCCAAAUUCCAAUACAUAAAUUUCCAAAGUGACCUCGAAUGUGUGUCAUGCCCUGUUGCAAUUUUUCUAGUUUUUAUAGCUAACUUUAGAGAAAUUUGACCUUUUACAUUUAGUAAGAAUUCAACGUUAGUGUAUGUAACUAAAACUUAGGUUCCCCCCCCCUCCCCCCACACCCUUUUCCUGAUAUCGAAACAUUGUGGUUGGUCAGUGUUGAGUCUUAUAUAAUACUCUGGGAACUGAGAAAGUCAUGCUGAGGUUUAUGGGAGAGAAUCAAAUAACAAUUUUUUAUCAAACAAUUGUUAAUUUAAGCAAUUUAAUAACUUAUUUUACUGCUAUUGAAACAUGGUCACACUUCCAACAUUGGAAGUUUUCAUGUUAAAUUAAAUUUCCAUUUCUAUGCUCCCUUGCCCUGUACAUCUUUUAGACACAAAAAAAAUGACAUGCGGACCUAUUCCUAGGUGUCUGUUUAUCCUUGAUCUGAAUGUUUCAAAACCAGCUGUGGCAGGUGACUUGGCAGCCAAUUUAUCCCUGGAGAAGUGCCUGAUGUUGAGUGUUUCCCUGACCGACUGGCCAAACUUGAAAAUUCACCAUGCCACGUUGUGGCAAGUCAUUCCUGUCAUACCCUCUUGUAACAGUGAACUCAAAAAAUGUCAAGAGUUAUGAUGCAUCUUGAUGCAAGUUUGCACAUCAUGAAGAACAUCAUUUUAUAAAUGUAAUUGUUUAUUUUCUCCCUAUGGAAUAAAAAGAAUUUGUGAUAGAUUUCCAUCAGUUUACAUGAUUGGCCACUGUCACCCAUGUUAGAAUCUGGCUGCUAAUGCCUCUUGAAACAGCUCUGUAAGGUGAGAAGGUCAUCCCAUUAAUACUCAUGAAACUGAAGAAUUACUGGUUCUUUAUUUUCUGGGAUAAACUGCAUUCCUUCAGUUUCCUGUUGUGUGUACUUUGUAUUCAGUUUUUGUAUUAGUCUGGGGACUAUAUUUGAUUCUUCAAAGCUGACUUUCUUGGAAAUAACUUGUGCAUUAACCUUCUUGAGUAAUAAAUGGAUUUUUAUUUUUGUAUGCAAUUUUGUUAUCCAUAAUCUCCAUUGUGCAGCAACCACCAUCCUUGGAGCCCUAUUGUAACCUUGCUGAAUCAGAGUACAUUUGGUGAAGUUGAAAUUUUUGUGAUUGUUGAACUUCAGUAGCUUUUCACCUUCUGGUAGGUUCGAGUAACUAAAAAUUUAGUAUUUUGGUUUCAAAAUAAAUUAACCCAAGUAUAACUGAAUAUAUUUUAGUCUUCCAAAUAUACAUCAAUAUUUAAUGCCUUCAAACCAACUACCGACACCUGCCAUGUGAUGCACAUUAUGACUGAGAAAUGCACAGAGCCACUGAACACAUAUUCCAAGUAUUCUUUGAAUAAGAAUAAUUUGAUAUUGAUGCAGAAUUAUUAUUGCAAUCCUCAAGAGGGUUAAUGUUUAUUCAGUUAUUUUUGUAAAGGUGUUCAUAAUUUGUAAGAAUAUUGUACUCAGUCCAUUCUUGUAACAAAAGAAAUUACCUUUUUUCUUUGUUAUAAUAUAUGUGUAUUUGCCAGUUGUUGGAUUUUGUUGUCUGUACACAGUCUGAUCCAAAGUUUUGUGUACCUGGGCAGACGUUUUGAUUGUCUUUAUGAAGAAGAGCAAUCAUUUUCAGCACUGAAAUAAUUUUGGCUUUCAAGGUAUUCACCACCUCUAUUUACAUUCAGGUAAAUUGAAUCCUCAUGCCACAUUAUAUAUUCAAUUAAAAUUCCCAUUAAUAAAUAUGCAAAAGAAAUUGAUUAUGUGAAUGAGUACAAAUGUUUUCCUGUACUAGACUUUUAUGAGUGACUACCUGGUUAAAAAUAUAUAUAUAUUUGGAUCAUUUUGACCCUAUCUCAUGAAAUGUUAAGGGAUUUAUUUGUGGGGUUUUUUUCAAACUGCACACAAGGAAUCAUCUGUGCUUUACGUUGCCCAUGUAUUUAAGCAAAAAUUAUUUUCUUUUUUUAAAAAAAUGGUAAAAGACAUUACCAUUGCACGUUUUUAUGCUCAAAAUAUUUUUGGAAUGUUAUCCGAAAGAGAACUUUUGUUACUUUUGCUACAAGAAUGCCCCGUUGUUACUAAAGCAGUUUGUGCUUUCAAGCCAAGUAAUAGGAAAUCCAGAAGGAUUUCUCAGCAAGCAGUUUAAAUAUUGUCACUUCGUGGUUUGUCCCACACUGCCACCCAGUGGGAUAUUUCCCAGUCUUGAUUAUGUAUUGAAAAUCAAAUCAACCAUAUAGCAAAAAAGAUUCGAUACCAAAAUCCUAUAGGUUCCUUGACUAAAUCUAUUGUAAUUUUUUGUAACUUUUUGUUCAGUGUUACUGUCCUCUCAAUAAAAAUUUAUUUCAAUUA